AUGGCAAAGAAAAGUUUGAUUUAUAGGGAGAAGAAGAGGCAAAAAUUAGAACAAAAAUAUCAUUUGAUUCGUCGAUCCUUAAAAAAGGAAAUAAGUGAGAUUCCGUCGCUAAGUGAGAAGUGGAAAAUUCAUGGAAAAUUACAAUCCCCACCGCGUAAUAGUGCACCUACACGUCUUCAUCGACGUUGCUUCUCGACCGGAAGACCGAGAGCUAACUAUCGAGACUUUGGACUAUCUGGACACAUCCUUCGGGAAAUGGUUCAGGCAUGUUUAUUGCCAGGGGCAACAAGAUCAAGCUGGUAA